AUGCUCCCUGGACGAGGAUCCCCACGCUGUGGCGGGGACGAGAGCAUCGCCUCACCAGCGAACGAAAUCGAUCACCCACUCUUCCAUAACAUGGAGUCUCCAUCAACCAGCAAUGACGUCCCCAGUGCUGCUUCGGAGUCUGGCUAUGAGGGUGAUAACGAGGCGAGUGAUGGCGAGGGAAAUACUGAGGACGACGAGAACCUCAAGUUAGCGAAGCACGAUGCCGACGAUACCUCAGCGGACAUCGUUUCUACUGAUGAGCCCACUUCAGUCCCUCCUCACCUGCAAUGCCACAAGGAACGCAACAUCCCAGCUAAGCCCGGCGCGCUAGAUUGCCCCCCAUCCCCAGAUUCAGCCUCUGAGAUCGAUAUCAUUCACAUCCUCCUGGACAUCUGCGAGCCGCCCGAGUUCUACUAG